AUGGCAUCCUUGCGGAUUGCCUUCGAGGGCUGCGGCCAUGGUAGUCUCAAUGAGAUCUACGAUAUCGUCAAGCUCAAGGCUGCCCGACUCAACUGGGAGUCAGUUGACCUCUUGAUCAUUGGAGGAGACUUCCAAGCUCUGCGCAACUCCAACGAUGCUACCUGUAUCUCCAUGCCUAUCAAGUAUCGGCAGAUUGGAGACUUCCAUGAAUACUACAGUGGCCAACGUGCUGCGCCAUUCCCGACCAUCUUCCUCGGUGGCAACCAUGAGGCUUCCAACUAUCUUUUCGAACUGUCUUACGGUGGCUGGGUGGCUCCCAACAUCUACUACCUCGGCGCUGCCAACAUUGUCCAAUUUGGCUCUCUGCGCAUCUCCGGAGUUUCCGGCAUCUGGAAAGGCUACGACUACCGCAAGCCUCACUUCGAGCGUCUUCCUUACAAUGACGAUGAUUUGCAGUCCAUUUAUCACAUUCGUGAAAUGGAUGUCCGCAAGCUGCUCCAAGUGCGCACCCAAGUCGACAUUGGUCUUUCUCACGACUGGCCUCAGGGCGUUGAGAAGUUUGGCGACUAUCAGACUCUGUUCAAAAAGAAGAAGGGUUUCAAGGAAGACUCCGAGGCGGGGCAUCUCGGCAGUGUGGCCGCUCGUGAGCUGCUUGAUCAUCUUCGCCCAGCCCUUUGGUUCUCGGCCCACCUGCACGUCAGAUACACUGCCUUCGUACGCCACGGCCCUGUCUCUCCUGGAUUCACCCCUCGAGACCCUGCAAGUCAGUCUCUUCCCUCUUCUGGUAAGGGUUUAACAACUGGUAAAGAAGGCCAGCUCCAUGAUCAGGAGGAAACACCAGCUACCCUGUCUGCUGCUCAGCGCAGACUUGGACUCGCCACAGGGGAUGUGCAAUCGAGGAUUGCAGCUUGGCAAGAUUUUGGUAAGGUAGCCCAUGAGCAGGAAAUGGCUGAUCAGGCCAGCUUCAUGGCUGCCUUCAAAGAGCGACAAGCCGCCGGCAAACCCCUCGGCGGAAAUUACACUUUCGAAGAAACCCUGAAGAUUGGAAAGGGGCCUCCCCGGAAGAUCACCCGCAACUUCAGAGACGGCAAGGAUAUGAGCACUGCCUCCGCUUCUACUGAAAUUCAGAACGUCAAUGCUGAUUCCGGGGCCGGUGCUGAUGCUUUGCACAACGAGGACAAGAUCAGCCUUGGCAGCAGCAGCCCUGCCAGCUCCACCGGUGCCCGUCUUGCACCCGCCCCUGGAACACCCUCCAAGGCCAAGCCAUUCAAGGAUGAACCCGACAAUGUUGCAAACGAGGACCGCAUCAGCCUGGGCUCGAGCCCAAAGAGUGUGGCCAGCCCAUCCGCCCGCGAGAAGGUUCCGCUCGCUGCCGCCCAGCUCGACGGCGUAUCUAACUCGACUGAAUUCGAACUCCCCACCAACUGCCUCGUCGAUGACGAUUUGACUUCUGUGGCCAACGAGAUUCUUCCUAUCUCUUUGGAACGUUCCCCAACUCCCCCUACGGUCAACAAGAUCCUUCCUCCCCCGGAGGCCAUCUCCAACAAGUUAACCAAGUUCCUCACUCUCGACAAGCCACGGAACCAUGAUCCCUUCGUCGAGUUGAUUGAGAUCCACCCCAUCUCCACCGACGUGAACCCACAGCAGCGCCCAUUCCGACUGCAGUAUGACAAGGAAUGGCUGGCCAUCACUCGCGUUUUCGCCGAGGAACUCGAGCUCGGAAACGUGGAGGCAUCCGUCCCGGCUCACAAGGGAUACGAGUAUUACCAGAAGCGCAUUGCCGAAGAGGAGGCUUGGGUUCAGGAGAACGUUGUCAAUGAAGGCUUGAUGGACAUCCCGGAUAAUUUCGUUCGCACUGCGCCUGUUUACGACCCAUCGGUUCCCAUCACCACCGAGGAGCAGCCCGUGGAGUACACAAACCCACAGACUGAGAGAUUCUGCCGACUGCUCCAGAUUCGCAAUAACUUCGACCUUUCUGAUGAAGAGCGCCGUGCUCGCAUGGAGGCCGGUCCUCUUUACCUGGAAAUUUUCAUGGUGCGAAGGGAGCGGUUCACUUGA